AUGCCCGCCGCGUUGAAGUCGAUAUCUGAGCAGGCGCUGGCCAUGGCCCACGCGCGCUCCCGCACGAGCUUCGACGUCGAGAAGCUCACCAACCUCAUCUACGGCGGGGCGUCUGUCGUCCGCGCUCGGCGCGCGGCUUGGGCGAGGGUUGAGAAGGCGCUUGGGACGGAUGAUACGUCGCGUCUGCCAGGGCACUAUGCCAAGACGAGCCGCGAGGAUCUAUACCUCGACGGCCUCCGCAUGGGCCGCGCCGUGUGGGAAGACCGCCGGACGCACAACCACGCCCACUUCGACUGGCUCACGCCGCGCUACACGCUCUUCAACUACUCCCCGUUCGGCCUCUCGCCGGCCAUGUUCGUCAAGAUGCUGCAGCUGAUGGCGACGCCGGCGCAGCAGGCGCGCUGGCUUGCCCCCGCGCUCGCGGGGCGGAUCAACGGCGCGUACGUGCAGACGGAGCUGGGCCACGGGACGUUUGUGCGCGGGCUCGAGACGGUGGCGGAGUUUGAUCCUGCGACGGACGAGUUUGUGAUUAGGUCGCCUGGGGGCGCGGCGAGUACCAAGUUCUGGCCGGGGAGUCUUGCGUUCUCGGCGUCGCAUGCGAUUGUGAUGGCGCGGUUGGUUACACGGGGUAGGGAUGAGGGGGUGCAUCCGUUCAUGGUGCAGUUGAGGGACGUUGAGACGGGGCGGCCGGUGGAGGGGGUCGAGUUGGGGGAUAUCGGGGUCAAGAUGAGCCACAACCAGAACGAUAACGGGUUUGUGAGGUUUGAGGGGGUGAGGGUGCGGAGGGGGAACUUGUUGAUGGCGCAGGCGGCGGUUGGGCGGGACGGGGUGUAUGAGAGAAAGGAGGGGGCGCAUGAGAAGGCUGCGUAUGGGACGAUGAUGGUGACGAGGUCGAAGAUGACGUGGGUUAACGGGGUGCAGCUUGCUGCGGCCGCGACGAUUGCGACGAGGUACUCGACGGUGAGGGUGCAGGGGACGCUGCUGUUUGGGAAGGGGGAUGAGGAUGAGCUUCCGUUGAUGAGCUUCCGCAGUCAGCAUUUCCGGCUGUUGACGUUGGUGGCGAAGGCGUAUGGUAUCUUGUUUGCGUGGAAGUAUACCGAGGAGGCUCAUCGGGAGUUUGAGCGGAGGAGCGAGGAGGGUGACUUUUCGACGAUGAUGGACGCGCAUGCGCUCAUCUCGGGGAUGAAGGCGUGGUCGUCGGCGAUUGCGUCUGAGGGCACGGAGGAUGCGAGAAGGGCUUGUGGUGGGCAGGGAUAUCUUGCCAUUUCGGGUUUGCCGGAGCUGGUGCAGACUUCUGCGAUGAUGUGUACCGGCGAAGGGGACACGCAUCUGUUGUUCCAGCAGCUGGCGAGGUAUCUGAUGAAGUUUACGGGAUUUGCAGGGAAAACAGGGGAGCAGGAGUUGCCUGGGGAUUGA